UUUUUUCCGCGGAACACCACCAACUUUCGGUCGACAAAUCGUCAUCAGCUCAUUGAACACUUUCAUGAACCACGACGACCGGCGACGACAUUUUGACGAUUGGGAAAAGACUGCUAUAUCUCUGACUAGGUCUAUACGCAGCUCACAGGGGGUUCAUAACAGUGCCGAAGACUCACCCAGCUGGCACCACGACCGCAGGUACACAGACAGACAGAAGACACUUCGGCCCACGUCUGUGCCGCUGCACGGAUCCGUCUCCAUUCCAGGUCUAGUCGAGAUUAGACGUGCAAGGCUCUGCACCGAGCUCAUUCGAGCCUUUCUAAGUCCGCCCUUCACCUGUGUCCCAGCACCAAUCGGCUCACUGCGUAUAGUAUGGUAGCCACCCGCUCUAGCUCUGUACCUAGGUCCAUCGCCACUCCCGAGGACAACACUUCGACCGACAUGUCAUCGGAUUCGACAGCGAUGGCUACCAUCAGUCCCUCCUCGAUAUCACAUACGUCUCCCUCUCAUAUCCCUGUCCCGGGCGGAGAGAUCCUGGUCCGACCUUAUCGUUCAUCUUCCAACGCUCAACUCAAGGCUGUACUCAGUUUCGAACCUCGAGUCUCGAGUCUAGAUAGAGAGAAUGUCAGAAGUCAACGAGACGAGUUUAGAGGGUUCUUCACUCUCUUCUGGAUAGGUCUCGCACUUUUAUUCCUCCGAACAUCCUUCCAGUCUUGGGAAGAGAAUCAUACACCUCUAUCAUGGACUUUUGGCAGGCUCAUCACUAGAGAUGCUAUCGUCUUGGCUAUCUCCGACGCCGUCAUGUCUUCCACCAUGUUCGUCUGCGUCAUCUUUGUCAAGUGCCUUCAGAAGCAAUGGUUCCCGUAUUACUACACUGGAGUCAUCAUCCAGCAUAUCCUUCAGACAGCUUACCUCUUCACAGCAAUCUGGUGGGGAUAUCACAGGCAAUGGUAUUGGGUCCAAGCUGGAUUCUUGGUCUUGCACUGUCUCUCAAACCUGAUGAAAAUGCACUCGUACAUGGCUCAUAACGGAAUGUUAGCGACCGUCUUCCUCCGUCUAGGUCUCGAGCGAAAGCAACUCUCGGCUCUAGUCAACGCUCAUCCGGGAGGAAGAGAGGCAGCUUACGCUGAAGCGGCAGCUCACAAAGCGGAUCUAGAAGCCCAAGAAGCAGCCACUCCCAUUGGGACACCUUCACCCAUUAGUCCAAGCCUUCAGCCCGUGGACUCUUCGUCCAGUCAGAAUCUGCCUCUGCGCGAGGGAUCAAACACCACCAUUGACCUAGAGGUCCCAAAAGGGACUGGGCAAAGUAAAAGCGUCGAUUCAAACGAGCUGCGCCGCCGCGUGGCCUCUAUCUCUCACCAACAGCAAUCACCUCGACCACCCAGUAAACGUACAGGCACAGCUAUCGAAGCUCUGCCAAAGGUCUCCAGCGGAUUGCCAGCAGGUACAUCCCUCGAGCCCUCUCGAAGAACACGAACACACGAAGCCAAAGCUCCUUCGCCGCUAUCUUGGCAUCCCGAUCAACAAAUUGCCAUCCUUGCAAGAAAUAUUGACGCCAUGGAAGAUGAAUUGAAGAGUAAUGGCGCCUUGGGACUUGUCUGGCCGCAGAAUGUCACCUUCAAGCAUUUCUUUGAAUACAUGAGCUUCCCGACAUUAGUCUAUCAGCUAGAAUAUCCCAGGACGAAUGAGAUGCGCCCGUUAGUCGUCAUUGAAAAGGUCAUUGCGACUUUUGGCACCUUUUCGCUCAUCUACCUCAUCACGGAGCAUUACAUCCUGCCUUACACGCCGAGGCCCGACGAGCCGCUUUUCCGGAGCUUCAUCAAUCUCGCGCUACCCAUGAUGGUCAACUACCUCUUGAUCUUCUACAUCAUCUUUGAGUGUGUCUGCGCGGGAUUUGCCGAGCUCUCAUACUUCGCGGACAGAGAGUUCUAUCAAGACUGGUGGAACUCGACUUCCUGGGAUCAGUUCUCGCGGAAGUGGAAUAAGCCGGUCCACACUUUCCUCCUGCGUCACGUCUAUGCCUCUACGAUUGACGGUUUCCAGCUCUCAAAGACGUCUGCGACAUUCGUCACGUUCCUACUUUCCGCACUUUGCCAUGAACUCGUCAUGGCAGUAGUGACGAAGAAGAUACGACCCUACUUGUUCCUCAUGCAGAUGGCUCAAUUACCAAUGAUUUACCUUGGUAAAGUGCCUGCCAUUAAGAGGAAUAAGACGCUGGGGAAUAUAGUCUUUUGGGUGGGACUAAUGUGCGGAUUUCCGUUACUUGCUGUAGGGUAUCUCCGUUAUUGAGCCAAGUUCAGCCGACGGCUAUAUCACAAAGUGUCUGUAUCUUGCAUGCAACGUCGCAAAAAGUAAGGCUGCAGGGGCCAAGAUG